AUGUCCUCGUAUAAAAAGAUUCCACACAGCAGUCCAGAACCGCCGAACUUUAUGGAACAGUCAGAGGUGAAGGAGGAGGGCAUGCCAACUGAAUACUGCUUUCCGAUUCCACCCCGCGAGUUGGAGAUUCCCAGGGUGGUAGUCACCACACCUGAUAGCCUUCAUGUUACGGAUCGCUCAGGUGACACGGGGCAGCAGGAGAACCCCUUUUCAUGGUGUCAG